AUGAGUGAUUCAUCAACCUCUCAAACUUCCCCAACCGACAACCAUCAACAACAACUUGACGAAGAUUUGAAUUUACAUGGAUGGGGCCUCGUGGGAUCGGAUAAGGAGAAUCUUCCGAUGAACGAACACCAAACUGGUUAUUUAACCAACAUGUAUGCUUGCGAAGUUAUACCAGGACUAUUUUUGGGAAGUAGAAUGGCUUCUUCAGACAAAGCUUGGCUGAGGGAUCACAAUAUCACCCAUGUACUUACAGUCGCUAAAUUUAUUCCACCCGCGUAUCCGGAGUCGUACACAUAUAAAAUAAUAAAUAUCCUUGAUCACACCAAAGAGGAUAUCAUGAAACACUUUGAAGAAACCUACAAAUUUAUUCAACAAGCGUUAGACGGUCAAGGAAAAGUUCUUGUUCAUUGCCAAGCCGGCAUUUCACGGAGUCCUACUGUUGUCAUGGCGUAUCUAAUGAAGAGUCGGAAGAUGUCUUUUGACCAAGCGUACGAACUUGUCGAGAGUAAACGUCCGCUUAUCUGUCCAAACUCGGGAUUCCAACAUCAACUAAGGUUAUAUCAAACGAUGGGAUGUCAG